CUAGAUGUAGGCUGUGUGGUUGUGUAGCCUAUGUUGGAAAGUAUUUAUAAGAUAACCUUUAUUUUUUUAAAGUAAUUUAAUUUGGACAAACAUCAAGGUAAGCGAGUCUAUUUUAUUGUCCUUCUUGAAUACUCUGAUGCUGCAACCAAACGAUCUGCUACAACAUUAGAACUAAUCCGAAAUGUUAUUAUACACAUUUUCGAAACAUUAGCUAGGUAACGUUUGUUGUAACUUGAUGCAAGUUAGCCCACUUAGUUAACUUAAAAGCUUUAUUUUGAUGACAAGUUGGCGAAUGUUUGCUUGCUAGUAUCACAUUUUAAGCCAUCUAUGCCAAGUUGGCUUGCAAAUUGUUGCUCAAUUGUAAUUGAACAUUUUCCCGUUGUUUUUACAUCACUUUAAAGGAACAAACGGAGUGUCGCUAUGGUUGUUGCUACAAGCACACUGAAGAGUAAAAACGCUGAAUGCAUAUCAGAAUUGAUUGACCGUAGAUACGACCAGGCUUGUAUCGACAAUGGUAAGCUUGGAACUCGUUUUAUUCUUCUACAAUGUAUACUUGCAUGUGUAGGCCUAUUAUGCAACUGGGCAUUUCUAAAGUCUUCAGAGCUUGUUUACUCCAAUAUUGGCGCAUAGCUGCAGCGCAGGGAAGAAUGGAGAGCGAGAGGGAGGGAGGGAGGGAGUGGAUGGUGAAGUCAACAAAAGAUGAAGUCAUCUUUUCUCAUCAGCUCUGUGCUACCCUACAGGACUCCGUUUAUUCGUCAAUGAAAGUUGCUGGCAUGUGUCAAUGUGAGAUUUGAAUGCACAUAGAUGCCUUAUGCUAAUUUUGUAACGUUACUGUAAUUAAUUAUAACUUUUAGGUUUAAUUUGCUUCUGGGGGUUUGGAUGUUGACUUCUCUCAAACAUUGAACUCUGUCACUGAUGCCUGUAAGUCCCCUGUAGCUCAGUUGGUAGAGCAUGGCGCUUGCAACGCCAGGGUUGUGGGUUCGUUUCCCACGGGGGGCCAGUAUGAAAAUGUAUGCACUCACUAAGUCGCUCUGGAUAAGAGUGUCUACUAAAUGACAAAAAAAAAAUGCCCCUCCUGUCAAUGAUUUGAAUAUAGACAGUUAUGUUGAAAGCAGUCCAUGGACCAUGACUUUGGCUCAGGUCUCAUUUCUUUCUCACUGACUUGAAAGGGACACUUGGGAUGGCAAUCUUUACAAUGUUUGUUUAUCCAUUAUUAAGCCCUCAGAUUAAAUGAAUGAACAAAUGUAAUUUAUUGAGACGCUACAUCAAAUGUUAUUGUUGUAUUCAGUGUUUGACUGAGUUCCAUAAGGAGCUUUUGCCUUAAAAUCCUUCACUCAACUAUUGUCUUUUUGUCUGCAAUUAGAGCUGGAUUUCUGGGACCACUGUCUGGCUGAAUCCCACCUGAAUGUGGAGGUGUCUGAGGACCGGACAUGUCAGCAGCUGGCCAAGAUGUUUGAGAACUGCCUGUCGCGGGCCAAAAAGACCACGCUGCACUGCUCAAAGGUGCUAGUCCCGGAGAAGCUGACUCGGAGGAUAGCGCGCGAUAUCCUGCGCCUGUCGUCGGGCGAGCCAUGCGGCAUGCGUGGCUGUGUGCUCUACAUUCACCUGGAACAGGAGAAGUGCUGCAAGCAGCUGGAGCGCAUCGUGUACAACGCAGACGUGGUGCCCACCUUCGAGCUGACGCUGGUGUUCAAGCAGGAUGGCAGCGCCUGGCCCAGCCUCAGAGACUUCCUGCACAUUGGCGCCUGUUUCACUCCAGGCUUCAGGCAUGUGCUCAAACUCAGUCCGGGCUUCCGGCUCAUCAAGAAGAAGCUCUACUCCUCCUCGGCUGGUACCGUGGUAGAGUACUGAGGGGAUGGCGGAAGGUGGGACUUCUGGGAUUGGGGGGGGGUACAAUGCACUUCUACACUUAAGCAUCUGAAUGUAAAAAUCACUCCUGGAGGGUCUUAUUUUCUAAAUGGUUUUUGUAUGAAUACAGUUUGUCAUGUGAUAGAGGAGUGGAAUACGAAGGUUAUCGGAGGUGUCCAAAGGCCGGUCAACCAGCCUGUCUGUUCCAAUGUCCAGGAUGGUACAGCUGAUUAUUAAAAAUGGAUGGGCGAGGCUUGGUUACUGUAAUGGAUUAUGGUCUAAUGCCUGAACAAGAUUAGCAUUACUCAUUGACUUCAAAAUAUUUGAACAAAGUUUUCCAAUCAGCUAAAGUUAAAUGUAAUAUUUUGGAUAUAUUUAUAUUGUCACAUACACCGGAUGGGUGCAGUGAAAUGUGUCGUUUUACAGGGUCCGCCAUAGUAGUACAGCACCCCUGGUGCAAAUUGGGAUUAAGUGCCUUGCUCAAGGGC